AUGUUUAAUAAAUUUCCUGAAAAGCCAAGUAGGAAAGAAUCAAAUGGGAUGGUUUCAUAUAUUAAACUAUUUGAAGAAUUCUAUCCAUAUAGAUAUAACGAGGAGAGGGAAGAAGAGGAGGAUGGGUAUGAAUAUUUUUUCGAUGAGAUGCUUGAUAUGUAUCCACCAUGUGUAUCUAGUCGAUUAUGUUUAUCAUUAUGGGGAUGUCAAAUUCAUAAUUUGAUUAAUGAAAGGAUAUAUUAUAAAAAUAACAAUAGACAUGAUGAUGAUGAGGAGGAGGAGGAGGAGAAGAAAGGUAAGAAGAAGAACACAAAUAGAAAAAAGUUUGUCAAAUAUAAUUGUUCUAAUAUUUUGAAAGAUUAUGAAUUGGACGAUACUGUAUCGAAGCCAUUUGACACAGGAAAUGAACAAGUAGAAGAAGACGAUGAACAACAGUACUAUGAUAAUAAUGUUGUAGUAAUGGAUGAGAUAUCAUUAACUAAGGAAGAGAAGCAAUUGGGAUAG